GUUCACCGCCCGGCCUAGGAAGGCCCGACGCGGGUCGGGUAUCCCAGCGGGGUCCCGGGCACCCUGGGGCGCGCCCGACGCAGCCUCAGACCCCACCAAGCGGGGUUCCAUCCAUCACGAGCAGAGAACUUGAAGGUCUCUCUUGGAAGCAGUUGUAUUUUUAGCCAUCGCUCCUUCGCUCCCCCCAUCCUCCAUUGCUUCACCACGGAAAGACCAGCCCCAGGCAGUACCCUGCAAGGGCAGCCGACCUCAGCUGGGAAGUUCCUUGCCCUUCCUCUUUGGGCAGAGGGAAGGGCCCCUCAAAGCAGGAGGAGGUGACGGAGCAGCUGGUGGGCAGCUGGCACCCCCCUUGCACACACCUCCGCCCCAGGGGCUAGCUCCGCACUACUCAGGCUCAUCAUGAUCGCCACCGGCGGCCUGCUGAGGAUAUCUGCCAGGAAACAGGAUCCCCUCCACCCCCCCAGCCAGGGUCCCAAGCGCAAGCGGAAAGCCAAGAAGCGGCGCAAGAAUGACGUGGUGGUGGUGAAGGGCAAGCUGAAGCUCUGCUCCAUCUCAGGGCUUAUCGCCCUCUGCGGGAUUCUGGUGCUGCUGGUGGGCAUAGCCUUGGCAGUGGUGGGCUAUUGGCCCAAGGCCAACGGGACCCAUCGGGAGGGAGGUAAACAGCUGCUGCCUACUGGCAGUGGCCACAGAAAUGAGUCCAAGAGCCACUUGGAGGCUCAGGGGUCUAUCAACUCCAGUUCUGGGGGCACAACCAGAAGCACCCCGCCGGCUCCGGUUCCCGCACCCUCUUCUUCAUCCUCCUCCCCAUCUGUGGGUUUUUUCUUCCGGGUCUUCUCCAGCUACCUGAACUCGGACAAGCUCAAGGUCUUCGGGCCCCUCAUCAUGGGCAUCGGCAUCUUCCUCUUCAUCUGCGCCAACGCGGUGCUUCAUGAGAACAGGGACAAGAAGACCAAGAUCAUCAAUUUGCGGGACCUCUACUCCACGGUCAUCGACGUGCACAGCCUCCGCGCCAAAGACCUGGCUGCGGCCGUGUACAGUAUCUACCGCGAGCGUGCGGGCGUCGCCGCCGCCCAGGGCCACCGCAGCCCGACGCCCCGCAGCGCCCCCGGGAGCUGGGGUCGCCAGAGCACCGCCAGCUCCCUGGUGGGCUCCUCUUUGAGCGCCUUCGCGCUGCUGCCUUUGCCCGGGGACCGCGACGCGGCCGGGGCGAGCGCGAGCGACUGCGGGCCGAAGCAGUCCGGGGAGCGUGGCUCUCCGGAGCUCCCGCGGGACGAACUUGACCAGAGCCUGACCGACCUCGGGGCGCCCGGCGGGGCGGAGCAGCCCGAGAGCACGGGGGCGGGGCGCAGCUCCGGGUUGCCAGGCGGCCGCCUGCCCAGGACCGGCAGGUCCGCCGCCCCGCGGCGCCGCAGCACCAGCGGGCUCCCGGACGCCCGGGCGCCCCCUUCUCCGGAGCCUCCGCCCUCGCCCGGCGCUGCGGAACUGGACGCGAGCCCGUCGGCCAAAUCCGCCUCCCCGUCGCCUCCCCUCCAGCUGCAGGACCUGCUCCUGGCCCGGCGGUCCUCCCAGAGCUCCCAGUCAGAAGAGCCUUCCAGCAGCAAUAAGGGCUACACCCAGCUACGGGAGACUGGCACCUCCUCCGAGUCGGUGGUGGACGCCGGGGCCAGGGAGAGCCAAGAGGAUGUGGGCACCGGCGCUCCGGGGGUGGAGCGGAGCGCCCCGGAGGAGCCCAGCGCCAAGCCGCCCACCACAGAGCCACCGCAGCCGCUCCACAGGCAGUUCACCAACAAGGAGAAACUCUUCCUGAUUUCCGGGUCCCACGCCCCAGGAGCUGAAGAUGGAGAAUUGGAGAGCACUAACAUUUAGGGAAAGAGUGAGGCCUGGGAGCAGAGACCCAGGGAAGAACGCUGAGGAAGCAUCACUUGAAUCUGGUGGUUGAAAGUCCCCCUUGUCCUUGGGGGCCUAUCCGAGGAAACCAUCCAAUAUUGACCCAAAGAGCUGCAGAAUGUUGUCCUUGACUUGCGUUCACAAGACUUCUGUAGAUAACUCCAAGCAAUUUCAAAACAAAACAACACAGCAAACUAGUCUUUUAUGUCCGAUGGUGAUUGUACGUUCCAUGAAAACCAAAUGUAUUAAAAGGUCAGCAAUCGAGAUAAAAUUAUCUUAAUUUUCUUAGGAUCAAAAGAAUAUAUUUUUGACAGUAACUUGUGCACUUUACUCCAACUUUUAUUUUUGAUCCUGAAAACCCUCCACCUCUGUACUCUGCUUCUGGCUUUGGGCUUAGCUACUUGGGAAUGACAAGCUUUAUUCCUCCUUCCCUUUGGGAGAGCAGAGAGGCUUGUCUCAGUCCUCUGAGAACUGGUCUUACUGAAGGAAGUCAAAGCCAAAAGCAUGAGUAUGUCUGGAUGCAUCUCUUGCCCGCUCCUCGCCCCUAACCCACUCCAUUCUCACAAGGCCCAAAGACUUCUUUAUUUUUUAAAAGGGGGAUUUGCCUUUUGCUACUAGGGGUAUUUUGUGGAGACUACAGGGGACCAGAAUCUAGAAAGACUGUUAUAUUCCUACAUUCACAAUAUCAAAUACAUGAUGCUUUAUUGAGUAUUAUCUUACCUGUAUUGAAAAAUAGCAUUAAUAUUAAAAGUAUUUUUAAUAAAAAAGUUUCCAAAGA